UUUAUUGGGUUUUGAAUUUCAGACCCAAACAAAAGGACUAAUGAAAGAAGACAAAGUAAAACAAAAAGGUCCAAGCUUUAGAGUUGUUUUGGGUUCUGUUUUUGGUCCUUGUAAGAAAUUCAACUGAUGUUCAUUCAAAACAGCAGAACCUAAGAUUUCAGAAAUAUAAAGGUUUAGCAACUUUUGCAACAUUUCUGUGGAGAUCUUGCAGUUUUUUGGCAUGGAAGUUUGUGUCAUUUGAAUCAUUUUCAUUCUGCAACAAAAUCCUGUUCUCUUUGUAGCAUAGGUAAUUCCAUCAGAUUUUUCUGCAAGUUUUGGUUAUUGUUUAUGAAGUGAAAGAUAUGGAAGAAGGGAAGCCAUGUAUGCGGAGAGAGUUGUGAUUCACAGUGGGGUUUGUGUUAAGCUAAAACUGUGAUUUUGCGUAUUCAGAAGUAAUUUUAAUGGAAGAAUCACCAGGUGAAGGCUCGAUAGAUAAGUCCAGGGUUUUGAAUGUAAAGCCCUUGCGGACUCUUACUCCAGUAUUCUCCGCACCACCAAACUCCAAUUCUUUUCCUCAAGGUUCUCCACCUUUCGUUUGUGUUCCACCAGCAGGUCCUUUCCCACCUGGAGUUUCUCCUUUCUUUCCAUUUUCCGGUAUACCAAAUCAAUCUGUCCCUUCUGGUGACCACACCCCAAUAUCAUCAGCAGUUCCAAUCAAUUCAUUUCGGUCACCUGAGCCUCCAUCUGCAAGGGCAGCAAACGGAAAUGCUGGGUCAUCAAGGAGGGCUAACAGAAACAACAGGGUUGUGGAAGAAGAUGGGUACGGUGACAACCAAACUUGGAGUUCACAGAGUAUAUCUCAGAAGAGGACAAGAGGCAAAAAGGACAAAAUUGUCUCUCCUGAUGUUGACAUGGAUGUGAUGGUAGAAAAUAUUUACCAAUCAUAUAACCUCGUGGAAUUUGAAGAAGCACGACGAUAUAAUGGUGAUAAAGAUUCUGUAGGAUGUGUACUCCUGGUUUUCAAUCUGCUCCGAAGACAAAUCGUACAGCUUGAAGAUUCAAAGGAAGCCACUGCAGGACAAUCAAGGCGCCCUGACUUAAAAGCAGGCAAUGUUUUGAUGACCAAAGGAGUUCGGACUAAUGCCAAGAAGAGAGUUGGAGCUGUACCCGGUGUUGAAAUUGGAGAUAUUUUCUUUUUUAGAAUGGAAUUGUGCACCAUUGGACUGCAUGCUCCGAUCAUGGCUGGAAUAGAUUACAUGUCUGUCAAGGUCAGUCAAGAUGAAGAACCAAUAGCUGUUAGCAUUGUUUCAUCUGGGGGAUACGAGGAUGAUGUUGAGGAAGAUGAUGGCUUGAUUUACUCUGGCCAGGGCAAAGAAAUGGAUCAGAAGCUUGAAAGGGGUAACCUUGCACUGGAGAAAAGCUUGCAUCGUGGUAAUGACAUUAGAGUAACCAGGGGUAUAAAGGAUGUGGGAAAUCCAACCGGAAAGGUAUAUGUGUAUGACGGUCUAUAUAGAAUCCAGGAGUCAUGGGUGGAGAAAGGAAAGUCUGGUUCCAAUGUUUUUAGAUAUAAGUUGGGCAGGUUACCUGGCCAGCCUGAUGCAUACAAAAUGUGGAAAAAAAUUCAGCAGUGGAAGGAUGGUAUUAUUCCUAGGAUGGGGAUUAUACUACCUGAUCUUACUUCUGGGGCCGAAACUUUACCAGUUUCUCUUGUGAAUGAUGUUGAUCAUGAAAAGGGGCCUGCCUAUUUCAAUUAUUCUCCAACCCUAAAGUAUUCAAAACCAGUAUCGAGGGAUCCUUUUGUUGGCUGUGCUUGCAAUGGUGCUUGUCUUCCAGGAAACGAGAAUUGUGAUUGUGUUCAGAAAAAUGGAGGCUAUCUUCCUCAUAUUGUGAAUGGGGUUAUUGUGAGUCAAAAAUCUGUGAUAUAUGAGUGUGGUCCUCCCUGCCAGUGCCCUCCAACUUGCCGCAAUCGUGUGUCCCAGGGUGGUCUAAGAGUUCGUUUGGAGGUGUUUAAAACUAAGGAUAGAGGUUGGGGCUUAAGAUCCUGGGACCCCAUACGAGCUGGAGCAUUUAUAUGUGUAUAUGCAGGAGAAGCUGUCGAUGAUUCUGAGGCACAAGAGCUUGCAGGUGAAAACGAAGAUGAUCACAUUUUUGAUGGUACCCGCAUUUAUCAGCCAGUGGAAGUUUUGCCUGGUGAUUUAAAUAAUGCUCCAAACCUUCAAUUUCCUCUUGUAAUAAAUGCCAGAAAUGCUGGGAAUGUAGCUCGUUUUAUAAAUCACAGCUGCUCUCCAAAUCUGUUCUGGCAGCCAGUUUUACGGGGAAAUAGCAAGGAGUUUGAUCUCCAUAUUGCAUUUUAUGCUAUCAGACACGUUCCUCCUAUGACAGAGUUGACAUAUAGUUAUGGAAUGGUACCACCUGAAAAAGCAGAUCGUGGGAAGAAAAAAUGCUUCUGUGGAUCACCAAAGUGCAGAGGUUUUUUCUAUUGAUGGUCCAUUUACUGGAGCAUUUGGAUAAGGAUAGUCCUUGCUAACUCAUGCUUCCAGAAGAAGAUGUCUGAAGCAGGCCUCCACAAGGCCAUCAAAGGGGGACUCUUUUAAUGAUCCUCAUAUGUAUGCGUUUGAAAGAAGCUAUUUUUGCAGUCCGUGGCGAGAAAAGCACCAGGAUGUCUCAGUAAAUGCCUGUAUUUCCAGCAGCUGUUGGUGGUAAUUCGGUCAUUGUAAUAUGAAAUAUUAGGAUGCAGACUUGUAACUUGGUUUAGUUGUUAUCCCAUCGAGUAGUUCUCGCCUAGUUUGUGAAGUUCACUCGUAUUUAAUAAUGAUUGAUGUGCCCAGAAGUUUUCCUA